AGCCUCAAGACAUACCAAACAGUCAAACUCCAUCUAACACCUAGAGUUUCAACACAAGACAAAAAAAUGGUUUCCAUCUUCCAACCAAAACCCAUGUCUCCAAUGGCUAUUCUCUGCCUAAUCCUCUUCUUUCUCAUCUCUUUGUCAACCCCAUCUGCCUCCCUCAAAGACUCAUUGACUGCAUACGAAGUUCUUGAAAAAUAUGACUUCCCAGUUGGUCUUCUUCCCAAAGGCGUCUUAGGCUAUGAACUCGACAGUUCCACAGGUAAAUUCUCAGCAUAUUUGAAUGGUACUUGUACUUUCACCAUUGACUCUUAUGAGUUGAAAUACAAGUCCACCAUAACGGGUAUAAUAGCCAAAGACAAGCUCUCAAGCUUAAGUGGUAUCACAGUUAAGGUGCUAUUCUUCUGGCUCAGCAUUGUGAAAGUGACUCGUGAAGAUGAUGAGAUAGCAUUCUCUGUGGGGAUCGCAUCAGCGGAUUUUCCAGUCAGUAAUUUCACUGAGAGCCCAACUUGUGGAUGUGGUUUUGAUUGUGUCACUGCUGGGAAUGGAAGGAAGAUUAAGCUCAAUAAUCUUGCGUCCUCUUCGUUAAUCAAGUGAGAUUGAUUAUUUUUAGCUUCAAAAUAAAUAAAAAUUGCAGUAACAUGUGGUUAAUGGAGAAUUAGAUAUAGCAUGAAUCGGUAAUCACCUUCAUUACCAGUAACCAUUUGGGCAAUAAUCCAAAAAAUGUGGUUUUGUGUUAAUGUACAUAUUAUGUAUUAUUAUGAUAUAAUCAUCUUUGAUAUCUGAAA